UUGGAAAGAUAUGGCUCCAUUCUGACUUCAUAUACAAGCUUACGACGGAUGGGAAAAUGAAACAGGCUGUGUGCAAGAAAAUACAUGACUUUGGAUUAGAACUAAUCAAUGAGAGACGAGAGUUUCUGAAUAAAACUGAAAAUCCAACAAAAGAUGAUGAGCAUUCGAUGUCAAGAUUAUUCCUGGACCAAAUGAUGGAUUAUGCCAAAGCAAGAAAUCUAUCUGAUCUGGAAUUGUCAAUGGCCAUUACAGAUGUUAUCAUUGCAGGUUCGGAUACGGUGGCAUGUGCCAUCCCCUAUAUGAUUAUGAUGCUGGCCCUGCAUCAGGACAUCCAAGAUAAGGUUUAUGAAGAAAUUCACGGAAUAUUUGGAGAUUCGAAUCGAGCCGUGGAGCAGAAAGACAUGACUGAGAUGGUGGUCAUGGAGCGAGUUUUCAAGGAAGUCCUGAGGCACUGCUGUCCGCCCCAUCUUGCUAGGAGAGUCGACAAGACUAUAAUAUUGCGAGAUGUACCCAUUCCAGUAGGAUCCACACUCUUAAUAAUGUUGUACAAGCUUCACAGAGACCCACAGCACUGGUCCCACCCUGACGCAUUCUAUCCUGAUCACUUUCUGCCCGAGAACGUUGAAAAGAGACAGAAGUAUACAUUCCUUCCAUUUACUUCAGGACAGCGAGCAUGUCCAGGUAAAAAAUUCAGCUUUAUUGUGGUAAAAACAUUGAUGACCACUCUGCUCAGGAAAUAUAAGAUAACCACUACCGUACAGCCUUCAGAAAUAAAACACAUAAUUGGGUUCAUGCUUGAGAUAUCAGACGGCUGUAAUGUUCAGCUAACACCUAGAUAAUAAUCUAUUAUUGCACUUCAAACAAAUCAGUUUUAUUUCGCCAAAACAAUAAAAAAAUAUAAAUCAAAUUUUGUAUGGUAUUGUAAGUAUAAAUCAAAUUAUAUACAAUGAAUCCAGAACAAAAAAAAUACAAUUAAUUCCACUUAUUUGCUUUUUAUAAUCUUGUAGGGUUUUCAGUUUUUAUUUAAUAACUUCAGGCUAUUACUUGAAUUGAGAAUCUGUUUGAGAAAAUAUUCUUGAGGGUUGUGUCUAUUUCAUUUUGAUUUGAAAAUUAUAAUUUUUAAAACAUAGUAUACUGCAUUGAUUGUGAAUAUAUCUUUCUCUUUUCUGAUACUCCUGUAUGCGGACAGCUAUGGUGAAAGUGAUAUCUUCGAGCUCAAAAUUUGAGUGAUUUUAUUCUAUAUUUUGUGAGUAUUUAAUGUUUGUUUUAUGUUUUUACGGAAGUUUUAUUAUUAAUCUAUCUAAAUUUAAAAUUCUUUGCUUUAGUUCUGAUUUAUAGUUUUAGAUUGAAGAUUUGGUGUUGAAAUUGAAGUGGACAUAACCUACAUAAUAUUUGGACGAUUUGAGACAUAAUUAGGAAAUAGAAGAAGUUUUGGGCAAUAGCCUGUUUUUUUUCAAUGACUAUCGUAUUGUUUGCUCUAUUGAAAAAAUAAAUGAUAAAAUAAAUAAUUUCUCGUAAAAUUGUUUGCAUACAGAAUUAUUUUAAAGAUUUAUUGGUGCAUUGGCAUGUUCUAUAUGUUUAUAUACAGUUUUUCUUUCUUAUUAUUAGAUAUAUAUUGUUUUGUAUAAUCAUUCAAUGGACAGCCACUUUGCUUUUUUUCAUUUUGCUCAUCUGUUACACUAAUUUUCUUUACUUUUGCUAUACUCUGAUAAUUUUUAAGUUUAUUUCAAUAGAGGCUGUUUAUAUUUUGAAAUAGGUACUGUACGAUAUAGACAUUUUAUUUUUACUUUUACUUCUAUUGCCAACAUAUUAUUUCAUUUCUACAUUUUCUGUGAUUAUUGUUUGUGCUUUCUUUUGCGAGAAUUAUUAUUAUGAAGUUAUUAUUAUUAAGAAUACUGGAUUGAAUAAAAUCUCUAUUACUGUGUCAAAACAAAAGUACCACAAAAUAAAACUAAUUAAUACUUUGUGGAAUAGUUGUAUUUGUACAUUUUAAUAAUAAUAAAGUAACAAAGAGUAAUGCUUGAAGAAGCAUUCUUCACUUGUCUUUUACUGAAUUAUGGAUGAGAGUUUUAAUUGAUGAAUAAUAGUGAUUAUAAAUAAUAGUUCAUUAUUGAUAGUUUUAAUUGUAAAUCUCCUUAUUCACGACUAGCUGUAAUGUAUCAGAAUUUUUCACUUGAUGUUAAUUGUGGAUAAAAAAGAUUUUACUUGACUUGAA